AUGGAUCUGGCUGCCAUCUUGUCGGAGCCGGAUAAAGUCGACUUGACGAACCACCUGGCUAAGAUACAUUACGUUGCUGAGCAGACGGCUCGCAGAGUUCACCGCCGAGGAGAUCAAAAGAAUGCACCCGCAGACCCCGAUCUCGUGCUGGAAUGGACAGCCGCACAAAAUGACGUUCGAGCUCUGUACUUAGAGCGAGCUCUUGAGCUGGCUUCUUUGGAUCAGUACAGGCGGGCCCAGGUGGACCAUGCUGAAUUCGCGACUGCGCUCUACGCAAGAUGUUAUGCGGAACUGGACCCUAAUAGAGCGGAAACUGCCCUGUCAAUUCCGACGGAUGUGUUUGGAUCAUCAGUGCAAAUGUUGUUGAGCCCCGAGAGUGUGCCCGGGUCGCGCUCAGAGCAAGUCGAAGAAGAAGGGACUGCCGUUGCUGUCACCAGCCCUGUACCAGCCGGUGCAACCGGAAGAGCAGUCUCAGAGGAGCAGUUGUACAGUAUCGGUGACAUACGAAACCAGAAGAUUGAAGCGCUUGAAUCGGCUGUGGCUAAAGGUCUCAAAGUUCUGACAAUCUUGGGAAAGGUUUUCAGCGGAUCUGAAGACUGGAAGACUGAAACCGACUGGAUAGCUGAAAUUGAGCAAACUAUCCUGAAAGCUCGGACGGAGAAGGUUGUUAUUGGCAUCGUCGGAAGCACUGGCGCCGGGAAGUCGUCAUUGAUCAACGCGCUCAUUGAUGAGAAGGGUGUUUUGACUACGGACUGUAUGCGCGCAUCCACGGCCGUCCCGAUCGAAGUCUCCUACAAUCAUGGCGAAAGUCGAUACAAAGCGGAAGUCCAGUUCAUUGACCAUAAAGACUGGGAACGAGAGUUGAAAAUCCUGUUUGCAGACCUUCGCGACCAUUCCGACGAACUAGCUCGUGACGAGAAGCCGAAGGAUCCCGAGGCAGCAGUUGCCUUGGACAAAAUCAUGGCUGUAUACCCAAACCUGAAGCGGCGAACCCUUCUCGAGACCUCGCCGUGCAAGCUUCUCGAGGACGAACGAGUCUCCGAUCUGCUGGGCCAGAAAAUCGAGAUCGAAGACAAUCACUCCAAAACUUUCUCCGAGGGGCUCAAGUCAUACAUCGACAGCAAGGGCAAGAAGAGGGGCCGGCCCAAGGUUUCGAGCAAAAACGCCGCUUCUUCGGCGCGAACAGAAUUGGCAGGAGACGAGGAAUCGGCGGACAGAGGCAUUGGACUCUGGCCUCUCGUCCGUGUGGUUCGAGUCUUCGUCACAUCUGAGGCUUUGUCGACUGGAGCCAUUCUCGUUGAUCUUCCAGGGGUCUUCGAUUCCAAUGCAGCGCGCGUUGCAGUGGCCAGCGAGUACAUGAAGCAAUGUUCAGCACACUGGAUCGUGGCACCUAUCAAUAGAGCAGUCGACGACAAAGUGGCUCAUGAUCUGUUGGGGAAGAAUUUCAAGACGCAAAUGCAUAUGGACGGUGCUUUUAAUGACAUAACCUUUAUCUGUACCAAGACCGAUGACAUAGUUCCGGCUGAAGUUGUGCGAUCUCUGGAGCUCGACCUACCGUCCAUGGACGAGGAUAUGGGAGCAUGUUCGGAGAAGCUCGAGUCUCUGCGUUCGGAACUUCAGGUGCACGAAGAAUUGCAGAGACAGAUACAUUCAAAAUGUUAUGCCAUCUACGAAGAAGUCUGUGAAUUGGAAGAAAAAGGAAGCAAUCUUGCGGAACCUGUGCGUACCCCCCAAAGGCGCAAGAGGACUAACUUCGGUGAAGCGACUCCCGAAGCAAGUGUAUCAAACAUGACUCUUUCCGACAAUAUUGAAGGCGAAGACGAGGACGAGCUUCAAGAGCUGCGGCGCCAGCUGCGUAAAUUGAAAACCCAGCGAAAAGAUCUUGACAACCAGCGACGCAACAUCGAGCAGUAUAUUGCCAAAACCAAGGAAGAGAUCGAGCUGCUGGGCAUCAAGAAACAAAACAGCGAAUUCAAUGAUCUUCGGUUCUGCAUCGAGGCGCGGAACGAAUUUUCGAAGUCUGAAAUCAAACGUGACUUCGCUCAAACCAUCGCGGACUUGGAUCUAGAAGACGAGCAGAGUAGUGGAAGUAUGCCCCAAACCCCGCAUCGUCGCGACUACAGUGAACUGGAGCGAAAUCUUUCUGUGUUCUGUGUGUCUCCUAGAGCUUACCAAGCACUCCGCGGCCGCCCCGAAGUUGAGACCCGGGUUCGUGGGUUCUCGCAUUUGGAGCAAACGGAGAUUCCUGCUUUGCAGCGCUAUUGCGUUGCCCUGACUUGUAAAGCCCGGGAGAGUGUCGCACGACGUUUCUUGGUGGCGCUGAAUCUGCUGCUCCAAUCCAUGACACUUUGGUCGUCCGCUGCGGCGGAAGUAGCAGCAAUUUCGGAACCGAAAAGGUUGGAGAUCGAGGCAGAGUUCAAUGGCGCUAUGAAAAAAUUUACGGAUACCAUGAAGAAGGUCCGGAACCGUGUUAUCUCUGUUAGUCGGAUAAUUAUCCAAGACAUGGUCAUCGAGAAGCUGGACCAAGCAUGGCAGCACGGUUACGAGGAGCUUUCCCCCAUGGUUGCAGGCUGGAAUGGUGCUGCUGAUAAACCGGGGUUUCGUUAUAACACUUACCAAGCAAUCUGUCGCCGCCAGGGCAUUUACAAGCAACACAACAUAAAUAACGAUGUAGCGCUCCUGGUGGUAGCCAAAUUCAAGCCCGGAUGGCGCAAGGCGUUUCUCCGAAUGUUGCCCGAGUUGUUCAAGCAGCUGUGUGAAGAUGCGGAAGAUGCCCUCGGUCACUUCCAUUCUGAAGCCAUCCAUUCAGCACAAUGGGAGCUGCCCCGGGCCACACGCCAGCAACUACAGUGCGGACUAGUUAUUCUCCAUGCGUCGAUGAGAGACCAGGUACAGCAACUCCAAGAUUGGACAAAGACGGCGGCACGGAAGGUGAAGGACCGGUUUGAAGAAAGUGUUGCUGCGGGCCUGCAAGAAACCUAUGAAGCGUGCGUUCAGCAUAGAGGUAAGUACUAG